CGUAAACAUAAAACUUGGAUCGAUAUAAACAGUUGCAAUGGUGAUAAAUUAGGUGAAAAUGAAGAAAGUCUUCGUCUUGAUAAUAUCUAUCGUGGGAGUGAUACCGAUACAACUGGACUUGCAAGAGGGAGAGACGAUAAAAGAGAAUAAUAUCGAUAAUUUGAAUGAAUGUUUGGGCGUACAAAGAGGAGUGGAGUUAGGAGUGUGUUUUGGAAAAGAAGUUUUGAAUAAACUUAAUGAUUAUGAUGAAGCUGAAUCGUUUAGUUUGGCUAAUGGCGUUGCCUUUGUCAGAGAUGAAAAGACACCUAGAGAUAUUGGAAGUUUCUUGGAUAAGGAUCCAAUGGAUUUUCGAGCGAUAAUGGAAGAUGCAAGCAAUUUAAUAUCAAAGAGAUCAUUGCACUGGGACCUUGGAGUGGUGUACCCUGGAUUAGUUAUGAGGAUAGGUCCGACUCUAGCCAAUGGUGUGUUGGAUUUUAUAAUUGAUCCGAGAAUUAAAGACAGAGCUUAUCACAACCAUGGAGAAGCUUCUACAGGUCGUCUUCUAGCCAGAAACCUUCUCGUUCCAUUUCUGCUUGGCAUAAAAUUCCACAUAUCUACCUUAUUGCCAUUGUUAUUAGGACUACUUUUGCUUGCUAGCAAGAAAGCUUUCCUUCUUGCCAAGCUAGCUCUAUUAGCUGUGACAGUAUUUAGUGGUUCUGGCUAUGGCGGUGGCGGAUAUUUCGGUGGCAGCUUAGGAUCAACUAAUUUUGGACCAUCACUCUCAUCGUACACAUCGCAUGAAAGCCCUGGACAUUAUCAUGCUCAUCAUAGCUCUGGAGGAUACUACAGACAUCCUCACCAUGUCGAAUAUUAUAAAGAGAAGUCCGCAGAGCAGACAACAGGAUCUCCAAUUUCACCUGAUGAACUCAGAGAUAGAUUAGAAAGAUUAUUUGUCACUAAAAAAGAUGAGCUUGAUGAAGGGAAAAUUCGGAAUGCAAGAAACUUCGCUUGGACUCCAAUAAAUACUGGAUAAUUUGGAUGCAAAAACAUCAGUAACGAACAGAAUGUUUUGUGUUGUAGCAAAAUUAAUAUCGUGAUAGUUCUGAAAAAGUAUGUGGGUGCAUACAUAAUGCACGCUAGAAGUAAUACUUCUUUGGCCUAACAAAGCAAAAGUCAUGAAAAUUAUUUAUUCCUCGUGCUAUUCUACGUUUGUAGAAAAAACAAUAUUUUAAAAAUCUUGCAACGAUGGCUUUGACAAUUAAUUAUUAAAUGCGGCUGUACAGGCUUGUACCCUUUGCCUAUCCUAAUAAUUGAUGAAGAAACCAAAAAAAAACAUUGUCGCAAUCGUCAGAAAAUUUUCGAAACCAACUUCACCCUGUUACAUUUGUGUUACAUUGAUGUGCGCGCAUCUUAAAAUUUCAGUCUUAUAAUUUUUUCAUAACGCGCCUAAAGAAGUGUAACUUCAAAAAGUAUUUUUGGAUUAAUAACUUUUUUUGUAACAUACUAAGUAUUGGAUGUCUUUCAACCAUUAUUGAUAAAUUAACUAUUACUUGUAUAGGAGAAACAAAUAUAAGAUAAUAAUUAUAAUUAUUUCACAUAUAAUAUAAGGUGAAGUAGCUAAUUCUUGCCUCUUUCACUUUAGUAUCAGCUAAAACAAUUCCACUACGUACAAUGCAGGGCUUGUAACUGUUAUUUUGCGUCUUUUCAUGAAUGUAUUUUGUUCUCCAAUACCAAUAGUUAAGAUCAGAGUGAUUUCUCUUAACGCUUACAUUAAUUAACCUUUCCAUAAAAGCUGUCUUUUUACACGCUUUCCAUUAGCUUUACCUGUAUGUAUGUUUGUUUGUAACCGUCCGUAAAUGAUCGUAUAGCAAAGAGCCUCAACCAUCAUCUCAAGAGGCUCUCACUAAAUAACUGGAUUAAGGGUCAGAUACAGAAGGUAUCCAUUUUGGGAACUUCCUCAGUCUAUCGCCCUAACCACCGGCGAAAUAUUAACGUCGGCGGGAUUCUAUUUUUACAAGCUUUUUAUUAGCUUCACCUGUAUGAAUGUUUGUUUGUUUGUAAUCGACUCAUUUGACCCCCUUUAAACGGCCAGAUUUCGUUCAAACUUCGUAGAUUUAUCGUGGACCGAUGACAAUACACUAAUUUGAUAAAAUUAUUCCAUUUUUCAAUUUGCAAAAUAAGAGUUUUGAUAACUUAUAUAAUUUUCAUCUAUCGUCUAUAAGCCAGGAAUUUAUGUUCAUUUUAAAUUUAUUUUCGUUUUUUAAGUUCGGUUUUCCAUAAAAAGCGUGUUUUUUAGUUUUUUUUAACUACUAUUUAUUUUAUUAUUGUGGAAUCUGCAACUAGAUUAACCUAUAGCAUCUUGCCUAGUUCUAUUCCGUCUGUUUAAUUGUGCAGUCACUUUAAGUAUCUUCACUUAUGCUGUCAUCAAAACGAAAUAUCCUCAUCAGUCCUUUUUCAAUUACUAUUUCUACAGCUUCUUUAAAUCCAGUGAUGAAGAAGUAUUCACAAAUUAAACUUGAAAACAAAAUUUACGAACGAUGCGGGACUCGACCUCUCCCGUUCCGUGCGAGCGAUCUUCCAACUGCGCCAACCGUUCGAGUGACGUAUCGCUGAUAAAAUCUUAUGCUUUGUUCAACUCUCAGGAUAUGGCUUCAUUCAGAAUUGCAAGAGCGACAUCUCAAGUCAAUCUAAUAAUAUGCAAACAUUGGGGUUGAGCAGGUUAUCGACUGUAAAGUAGAUCCUGUAGAUGAAGCCACAACCUUAGAGUUGAACAAGACGUACAAGAUAUAUCAAUGAUACGUCAGUCGAAAGUUGGCUCAGUGGAAAGAGCGCUUGGACGGAACGUGAGAGGUCGCAGGUUGUAUUCCUGCAUCGUUCAUAAAUUUUGUUUAUAAAUUUAAUUUUUGUAAUUAAUCCCAGAAGUGAAGGUUAGAACUUAAAAAAUAACAAAUUGUGAAGAAGUAUUCAAUAUAAAGCUUUUUUUAUACAAUUUCCAACUUCUAAAUUAUUUGUUUAUACUCUUAAUUAUGUACAACUAAAUAAUUACUAAAUCCUAAAUGAAUUGUUAUUAAUUAUCCAUCUUUCUCUAAUGCAUUUCAAUUCCAACCGUAACUCGCAAAAUAGUAAACGAAAGCCAAAUUAUUUUAUAACAUUUGUAAUUUAUUUUAUUGUAUGUAGUUUCGAGCACAUUUGGCUAGUCAAUAAAAAU